AUGGGUGCCGCCUCACGUUGUCUAGCCCUCGCCCUCCUGUGCACCAGCUUCCUGUUGGCCAGCGCCGCGGCGUCCAGCGAAAUGCUCAUGAUGACGAACCGGUUCCACGCCUGGCGCGCCGCGCACAACCGGACCUACGCGACCGCCGCGGAGCGCCAGCGCCGGUUCGAGGUGUACCGCCGGAACGUGGAGUACAUCGAGGCCACGAACCGGCGCGGCGGGCUCUCGUACCAGCUAGGCGAGAACCAGUUCACCGACCUCACGAGCGACGAGUUCCUGGCCGCGUACACCAUGCCGCCUGGCCAGGUGCUCGCUGCCCGUGACGACGAGGCCAUGGCGCGGCAACUCGACGCCACCACGCCACGCGACGAGGGCGGCUCUUGCUGGGCGUUCGCCGCGGUGGCGUCGAUCGAGAGCCUGUACAAGCUGCGGACGGGCCGUCUCGUCUCCCUCUCGGAGCAGGAGCUCGUGGACUGCGCGUCCCCGCCCAACUACGGCUGCAACGGCGGCGAUCCCGCGACGACCAUGUGGUGGGUCGCGCGCAACGGCGGCCUCGCCACCACGUGGGAGUACCCCUACGAGAGCAAGCAGGGGCAGUGCAGGCGCGGCAGGAUCCGCAUGGGCAGCGUCCGCGGCGGCGCGGCUGUUGCGCCCAACAGCGAGGCCGCGCUGGAGCUCGCUGUGGCGCAGCAGCCGGUUGUCGUGUCCAUCAACGCCGCCACCUUGCUGUCGGCCCCCUGCGACGCCGGAAUCAACCACGCCGUCACUGUGGUCGGGUACGGCGCCGACGCCGGCGCCAGCGGCCACAAGUACUGGAUCGUCAAGAACUCGUGGGGGCGAGAAUGGGAGUUCAUCAGAGAUGAAGCCAGGUUGUUGUCAUGUAAAAAUGGAACCAUGUUUGCAGAACUGCACUACAUUCGACGGCAGCACACCAACCCCCUGCUCCAGUGA